GUUUUUGGUGAAGUUGCGUGCCCGGUGACGCACUACUCUCUCUGAUGUUGGACAGCAACAGGCGACUCACCUUUUGUGAUUCCCUACAGGGUUGAAAAGAAGCCGCUCGCCGAUGAGGCAUGUCAUGGAUAUACUAGAACGCGACUAUUCAGAUGCUUUCAAUCCCGAGACGAAGGGCGCAGCGUUGCGCCAAGGGGGCAGAUUGGAAAUGGACGGUGAUCUCGACGACGCGACCGUGGAGGGUGCGCAGAAGAAAGAUCGUCCCAGGGCCAAAUCGUUGCCUGCUUACCCAGCGCAGGCCGAACUCUUUGACGGCUUGAGCCAGAGCUGCAGAAAGAGAGUGCGUUUCGCCGAUUCCCUGGGUUUGUGCCUUACCAGCGUGAAGCACUAUUGCGCCGCCGAUGAGCCCCACGUCCCGUCCAAAGUGUUCACCCGUCUGCAUAGCCACCCCCCUCCUCAGCUGGACGUGGAUCUCCUGGAUGAUCUCUGUUUCAAGUUCUCGCCCGCACUGUCUCUAUCUGUUGACUGCCUGGUGCCCAAGUUCACGUCGCCCGUCGACAACUGUGACUUUGAUGAGCGGCUCCAGCGCUAUAAAGUGUCUCUGGAGAGGGUCUCAGUUUCUCACUUCGACAUUCGGGGGCUUGUUAGAGUUGUGGACCUCGGUGGAAAGAAAGAAGUCGGGGUGCGUUACACUUUUAACGACUGGUUAACGUUCGUGGACACGCAAGCCUUCUCGGUGACGGCCAGCGGCGAGAGCACCGAGCAGUUCUCCUUCACGCUCUACAGCCCGCCGCUGCAGGGUGACGGCUGCUCGGUGCACUUCGCCGUCUACUACCGCACUGACAGCGAGGAGUUUUGGGACAACAACGCGGGGAGCAACUACACACUGGAGCACCGGCGAGCGGCUCCUCCCGAGUGAUUCUCGGCGUCAAACGCGCGCCUUUUGGCUGCAGAUUACCGGCCUGGGGAAGGCUGGUAACGCGCGCGUUAGGCGGCACGAAGCGCUGACAGGUGAACGAAAAGUACAGUUUCUCACAAAUAUGUGUAUUGUAUGAGAAUUUGUGCCGCAUGUAACUGAACACGGAAAAUAAAUUCUUGCCAUCAGUAUA